UUUUCCUUUUUUUUUUUUUUUUUUUUUUUUCUCUUAUAUAAUACCUCUGUAGACUGAGCCUAUGAAUCAAACAUAAUUAAUUAUUUUGAACCAUUUUUUUUUUUUUUAUUUAUGAUUGUUUUAUUUUAGUCAGAAAUUAAUGCUCAAUCAGAAUAUCUUUCACAAAAUGUUGUUAAUGUAACAACAAAAUAUAAAGAUAAAUUGACUACGAUUAAAUCUCGUUUAGAACAAGCAGAACAUGAAAGACGUGAAGUACAACUUCGUAAUGAACAUUUUCAAAAUGAUAUUGAACGUCUUAAAAAUGAAUUAAUGCAUAAAAAAGAACUUAUUUUUGAAAAAGAAAAAAUUAUUCAAGAUACACAACAUAAAAAUCGAGAAAUUCUUCUUCAAAGACAAUCAAUUGAAGAACGAAUAUCAAAUGAAUAUAAAAGAUUAAAUGAACUAGUUGAUAAAAAUGGUCAUCUGGAAGAAGAAUUAGAUCGUAUUCGACGAAAUCAAUUUUCUGAAAAUAUUAUUGUUCGACAAAUGGAAGUUGUUAAUGAUUCAUCGAAACAGAUUGAAGAAUUUAAAUUAAAAAUUGAUGAAUUUGAACAACGUUUUAUAGAAGAAAAAACUUCUAAAGAAUCAUUACAAGUUCAAAUGAAAAUACUUGAAGAAGAAAAUACAGAUCUUCGAGAUAUUAUGAAUCAAAUGAGAAAACGAGCACAAUAUGGUCGAAAGUAAUUCUUAUAUUACUUUUUAUUUUAUUUCAUAUUACAUAAUCAUCAUUAAUCUAAUAAACACAAGUAGAAAAAAAACCUUAAAAUCAUACAAAUUUCCCUAGCAAAAAUGUCAGAAUAAUUUUCUAUUCUCAAUGAGAUUCUGUUAUAUUUUAGUUCCAUUCAUAUGCAUUAGAUUACUCGAAUGCAUAUAGCAGACAUUGAAAUUAUUCAACAACGUUUGCUUUUCUUUAAUUUUCCUUCCAGUGAGGUCAACGCUUGAAAGAAUCCAAAUAGAAUGACUCAAGUAGAGAAAAUCGUUUCCAACAAGAAUAAUUAUCAGAUGCUCAAAGACUAGAUUUCUAGGUAACGAAAACCUUCUCUUUAAGAAAUUGAAAAAUAAAUUUAGGCGUGCUCAUUAUAUUGUUGUAUCUCAACUUAAAUAAAAUUAUAUUGACACAUUACAGGUUUUUUUGAAAGCCGAGAGUUUUAAGGUCCCCCCCCCCCCCCCCCACAACCAACACAAACCAUCACUAACCCCACACCGGACAAACAAAAAGAAAACAAAAGACACCCGUCGGUG